UUUUGUAAAUAUUAUAUACGUAUAGACGCGUACGUACUUUUUGCUUUUAAAUUGUUGCAAUUUUGUCGAAAAAGUCGAGCCAUCGCGGUGACCUCUAUCGGUUAUUCAUCAAAUGUUCUCGUAUCUUUUGAACGCGAUCGAAUAGAAAAUGCAGGAAAAUAAAAACAUAUGAGAACACACGCAUUUAUCCCGCGCUUGAACUUGAAUCGCGUGUUGUGUGUCACGGGAUCGGAAUCCGAAAUCCCACACAAUGCAAUGACCAACGGUGACAACCAUCUGUCCCGACGUGUAUCGCGAAUUCGGUCUAUCGACGUCGCGGCUGGGCGUUGAUCGAAUAUGAAUACAUGCUUAUGUUGCACCUGUGGCACGUAUUGGCAGCACGAUGAAUGGCCGGCUUUUAACCUAGAAGCGUAAAUCUCAUUCACACGUACGAUGAUUUACUCGUUAAUCAUUCGCGCGUACAAUUAUCGCCUCUUCUCGAUGCAGCAGUAGAUCAGGAGCGGGGUGCGCUAGAAGCGGUGUACUCUCGUGACGACGAUGAACGACACGUACGAGCUGAACGUGACAAACCUGGCCGGAUGGAUCGCGUCCGGUGCAUUGAUCUUCGGCGCGGUCGUGCCCUAUGUGCCGCAGUAUAAGGAGAUCAAGAGGAAAGAGGAUGCCGAAGGGUUCUCCCUCUACGUAUGCCUCACCCUCCUGAUCGCCAACACCCUCCGCAUACUAUUUUGGUUUGGCAAACACUAUGAGCUUCCACUUUUGUUACAAAGUAUACUUAUGAUUCUGACAAUGUUUGUUAUGAUUAAACUUUGCAUUAAUGUACAAAACCGAACGCAGAUAAUUAAGUCAAAAGAGCGUGUACUUACAGCGCAAUUUGUAUGUUUUGCAGAUUUGGAUGCCAGAUUUUUUUGGAAGUGGACGGACUUCAAGUCCUACUUGGGUUUUAUGAUUCUGUUUACCAGCAUAGGUGGUGUGAUAACAUAUUUAUUUCUGGAUAUACCGAUAUUUAUUGAAAUCAUUGGAUUCUUAGCUGUAUUGAUAGAGGCAAUGCUAGGAGUCCCUCAAUUUCUUCGUAAUUCAAGGAACAAGUCGACUGUAGGGAUGAGCCAUGGUGGCGAUGUGGACUGUGGGAGAUAUCUUCAAAACGUGCUAUUUUGUUUUAAGGGAUACGCCUGUACAGUUUCAGGUGUGCGGUGCUGUUCAAGUCACGAUUGAUGUUGCCAUAUUAGCACAAGUAUAUCUCUACAAAACCAGUAGUGCUGUACAUACUAGAGCUCCAACAAGAUCGGAUUGACGAUCAUUCCUAGAGUGUUCAAUUACUGUCUGUCGAAAAUGGAAUUUUCCAAACAACAAUACUUCGCCUAGAUUUAGAUAUACAGAUUUUUAACGUUUCAAUAGUGAUCUAAAGAAACAUAAGAGAAAACUUAUAUUUUUAUACCGUGAUUGAUCGUUGCCGCAAAACGGCGCAUUUAUGUGUUUAAGUUUUCUAAUAUCUACCAAACAAAGUGCAGUCAAUAUUUUGAUAACAAUCUUAGCGUCUAUCGAUAUUUAAUAUAUAAAGCUAUCAUAUAUGUUAUUCUUUUAUAUAAUUUAUAUCUCAAUUAUUGUAUCAUUCAUUACACAUUUUAUACCAAAUGUAAUCAUCCAUUUCUCAUUUUAUGUUUAAAAUACAAUGUUAUAUCUUA